AUGUCCAGCAUCCACGGCCUCUCAACCAAACUAACCCCCAUCUACCCCUCCUCCUCCUCAGCAACCCCAGAAGAAUCCCCCGCAACACAAUCCCUCAUCUCAUCCCUCAACCUCCAAAAACACAUCGAAGGUGGAUACUUUGCCGAACUAGAUCGAAACCCUCUGCUCAUCCCCAACCCGUUUCUGCAGUCCGACAACGGAGAAGAAGAGGUAAAAAGGACAGCGCAGAAACCACUAUCAGGCGAUGAUGCGGUGAGAAAUGCGAGUACAAGUAUUUACUACAUGCUUUCGAGGGGGGAGCCGCAAGGGAAUUUUCAUAGGAAUAAGGGGAGAACUAUUCAUACGUUGAUUUCUGGACGCGGCCGCUACGUCCUUAUCCACGCCGAUGAACCGGGGACGCCGAAGCGUGUGGAGAGUUUUGUCGUAGGAAUGGAUUUUGCGGCGGGAGAAAAGAGUGUGUGGGUUGUUGAGGGGGGGAAGUAUAAGGCUAGUUUUUUGUUGGAGGGGGCGGAGGGGGAGAGGUUGUUGAUUAGUGAGACUGUCAUCCCGGGAUUCGAGUACUCGGAUCAUGAUUUCUUGACGUUGGAAGGGUUCAGGAAGAUUGUUACUCCAGAGCAGGCGGAGGAGCUGGAGUGGUUGGUACGGGAAUCGUGA